AUGGGCACGGACCACCGCGGUCUGGCCGAGGCCGAGCCCGAGCCCGAGGCCGUCGGCGGCGCCGUCAAGGAGGAGGGCAUCCUCGACGACGACGACGAGGAGGAGACGUCGCCGAUCGAGGAGGUGCGGCUGACGGUGCCGACGACGGACGACCCGUCGCUGCCGGUGUGGACGUUCCGGAUGUGGAGCAUCGGGCUCUUCUCGUGCGCGCUCAUGAGCUUCCUCAACCAGUUCUUCUCCUGCCGGACGGAGCCGCUCGUGGUGACGGGGAUCACGGUGCAGGUGGCGUCGCUGCCCGUGGGCCACUUCAUGGCCCGGGUGCUGCCGCGCACCAGGUUCCGGGCGCCCGCGCUGCUGGGCGGCGGGGAGUGGAGCCUCAACCCGGGGCCCUUCAACAUCAAGGAGCACGUGCUCAUCUCCAUCUUCGCCAACGCCGGCUUCGCCUUCGGUGGAGGCAGUGCCUACGCCGUCGGCAUCAUCAACAUCAUCCGCGCCUUCUACGGCCGUCACAUCUCCUUCCUCACCGCCUGGCUCCUCGUCAUCACCACGCAGGUGCUCGGGUACGGGUGGGCGGGGCUGAUACGCAAGUACGUGGUGGAGCCGGCGCACAUGUGGUGGCCGGGCACGCUCGUCCAGGUCUCCCUCUUCCAGGCAUUGCAUGAGAAGGACGAAUCCGCCAAAGCCUCACGCCAGAUCUCUCGUUCCAAGUUCUUCGUGGUGGUGCUCGCAUGCAGUUUCGCUUGGUACGCCGUGCCGGGCUACCUCUUCCCGACACUAACGUCCAUCUCAUGGGUGUGUUGGGUCUUCUCCAAGUCCGUGACGGCGCAGCAGUUGGGGUCGGGCAUGAAGGGCCUUGGUCUUGGUGCCUUCACACUCGAUUGGACCGCUGUCGCCUCAUUCCUCUUCAGUCCCCUCAUCUCACCCUUCUUUGCUAUCGCCAACGUCUUCUUUGGCUAUGCUUUCUUUCUCUACGUGAUCAUGCCUAUAGCAUAUUGGGGGUUCGACCUGUACAACGCCAAGACAUUCCCUAUCUUCUCCUCGCACUUGUUCAUGUCAAAUGGCACCAACUACGACGUCAAAUCAAUUGUGAACAAUCGGUUUGAGCUUAACCGGGACGCUUAUGAAAAGAAUGGCAAAGUCAACCUCAGCAUAUUCUUUGCACUCAGUUAUGGGUUCAGCUUCGCCACCAUUGCGGCCACCAUCACUCAUGUCGGAUUCUUCUAUGGAAAGGAAAUCUACCACCGUUUCAAAUCAUCGCAGAAGGAGAAGCCUGACAUCCACACGAAGCUGAUGAGGAAGUACAGUGAAAUCCCAGCAUGGUGGUUUUACUCGUUGAUGGCGUUGUCAAUUACAGCGUCCCUCCUCCUCUGUACUGUACUGAAGCGUGAGGUACAACUCCCGUGGUGGGGCCUCAUUUUCGCAUGUGGCAUGGCAUUCAUCUUCACACUUCCCAUCAGCAUCAUCACUGCGACAACCAACCAGUCGCCUGGUCUGAAUGUGAUCACUGAGUAUGCCAUGGGUCUAAUUAUGCCGGGCUCUCCUAUCGCCGUUGUCUGCUUUAAAGUCUAUGGCUACAUGAGCAUGGCACAGGCUGUUGCCUUCCUCUCGGACUUCAAACUUGGCCACUAUAUGAAGAUCCCUCCGAAGUCCAUGUUCCUUGUUCAGUUUGUUGGCACCAUUGUGGCUGGCACGGUCAACAUUGGGACGGCAUGGUGGCUGCUCGGCUCCAUCCACGACAUCUGCUCAGAUUCACUCCCACCAGAUAGCCCCUGGACAUGUCCUAAUGACCGUGUGUUCUUCGACGCAUCAGUCAUCUGGGGCCUUGUCGGUCCAAGGCGCAUCUUUGGGCCAGAUGGGAACUACGGCGCCCUCAACUGGUUCUUCCUCAUCGGCCUAGCAGGCCCAGUUAUCGUAUACGCUUUCCAUAGGAUGUUCCCCAACCAGAAGUGGAUUCCAUUGAUCAAUCUUCCGGUGCUCUUUGGUGCAACAGCCUACAUGCCUCCAGCGACGGCUGUGAACUAUAACUCAUGGCUGCUUAUUGGUACCAUCUUCAAUUUCUUCGUGUUUCGAUACCGGAAGAGGUGGUGGACGCGGUACAACUACAUUCUCUCCGCUGGGCUCGAUGCCGGAGUUGCAUUUAUGGGGAUCGUGCUGUACUUUUCGCUAACCAUGGAAAACAAGAGCAUCGAUUGGUGGGGUACCGCAGGAGAGCACUGCCCUCUUGCCUCGUGUCCUACUGCUAAAGGGGUGGACUUGGGUGAUGGCGCCUGUCCAGUCUUCUAA